CAGAGACUGCGGACAUAGUACAGGGGAUGACCAGAGACUGCGGACACAGUACAGGGAUGACCAGAGACUGCGGACAUAGUACAGGAGAUGACCAGAGACUGCGGACACAGUACAGGGAUGACCAGAGACUGCGGAACACAGUACAGGGAUGACCAGAGACUGCGAACAGAGACAGAGACCAGAGACUGCGGACACAGUACAGGAGAUGACCAGAGACUGCGGACACAGUACAGGAGAUGACCAGAGACUGCGGACAGCACAGGACAUGACCAGAGACUGCAGACAGCACAGGAGAUGACCAGAGACUGCG